AUGGGUAAAAAGGCAGUCCAACCGAAGAUAAAGUGGUGGCGAUUAGAAGAGCAAGAAAUUAGAGAGAUAUUUAAGGAAGCAGUUCUUAGGAGCUUCAGAUUGGUGGAAGAUGUGAACACCUGGUGGACUGGAAAUAGUGCAAUGAUCCUUAAAAUAGUAAAAGAAUUAUUAGGGAAGACAUUUGGUAGAGAAAUACCAAAUAAGAAGGAGAGCUGGUGGUGGAACCCUAACACUCAAGAUAAGAUAAAGAAGAAAAAGGAAGCAGGAGUAGCCUAUGACAGGAAUCAAUCUGAGGAAAAUAGGAUAGCUUGGAGAACUACAGUAGAGAAAUAUAGAAAGAAACAGAAAGGACUACAUCUGCUGUUUAUUGACUUGGAAAAAGCUUGUGAUAGGGUACCUAGGCAGGAAGUAUGGAGGUGCUUGAGAGAGAAAAGAGUUUCUGAAAAGUAUGUCAGAGUAAUGAAAGAUAUGUAUGCAGAGGCAACCACGCAAGUAAGUAGCACUGUUGGAACUACAGCGAAGUUUAAGGUGAAAGUUGGUCUCCACCAGGGUUCAGCCUUUAGUCCCUACGUGUUUGAUAUUGUGAUGGAUGUUAUAACAUCGGAAGUUAGAGAAGAGGCGCCUGGGUGUACAAUGUUUGCUGAUGACAUUUUGCUGACUGAUCUAACAAGAGAAGGUGACCAACUCAAGCUAGGAAGAAGGAGAGAAGAACUUGAGAGUAGAAACUUAAAAAUUAGCAGAAUAAAGACAGAAUAUAUGUGA